CCCCCCAUCAAGCGACGGAAGCUGUGUAUUCGAGGUGAAGGCUCGCUGGCUGCUGACUCUUCUCUAAAAUGGCUCGGAACAUGCUGGCAGGAGAUCGCUCCAAGUUAUAUGAAAAUAUAGACUUUUUAGGUGAAGGUCAGUUUGCUACAGUCUACAAGGCCCUCGAUCUUCAGCAUGAUGGCAAGAUAGUAGCAGUGAAAAAGAUUAAGCUUGGGCACAGGUCUGAGGCCCAGGAUGGCAUCAACAGGACGGCUCUUAGAGAAAUCAAAUUGCUGCAGGAGAUUAAACAUGAAAAUGUGAUUGGGCUUCUUGACUGUUUUGGUCAACGAUCCAACAUCAGCCUUGUGUUUGACUUCAUGGAGACAGAUCUUGAGGUGAUCAUCAAAGAUAGCAGUGUAGUGUUGACUCCAUCACACAUCAAGGCUUAUACCAUGAUGGCUUUAAGGGGUCUAGAGUACCUUCAUGCUAACUGGAUUUUACAUAGGGACAUGAAGCCCAACAAUCUGCUGCUUGAUGAGAAUGGUGUCUUGAAGAUUGGAGAUUUUGGUUUGGCAAAGUUCUAUGGCAGCCCAAACAGGAUCUAUACACAUCAGGUUGUAACAAGAUGGUACAGAUGCCCAGAGCUGUUGUUUGGGGCCAGGAUCUACGGCACAGGGGUGGACAUGUGGGCCAUGGGUUGCAUCCUAGCAGAGCUACUCCUCCGGGUCCCGUUCUUACCCGGGGAAUCAGACCUGGACCAGCUGAGCAGGAUCUUCCAGACCAUGGGGACACCCUCAGAAGAGGAAUGGCCAAAUAUGUCAGCUCUAGCAGACUAUAUCGAGUUUAAGAAGUUUCCAGGUACCCCUCUCCGAGAUAUCUUCACUGCUGGCACGGAUGACCUUUUGACCCUUCUCAAAGGUCUUCUUCUUAUGGAUCCUUGCAGACGAUGUAAGGCCACUGAGGCACUUAAGAUGCCAUACUUCUAUACAAAGCCAGCACCGACUCCAGGCCACCUACUACCCAGACCAGGAAUGGUAGCCGCAGCAGCAAAUGGCAAGCAACAACCCAAGCUAGGCAGCAAGAGAAAGAUGGCUGAUGAUAUAGGAACAGGGUCGACAGCAAAGAAGCUUGUAUUUUGAUACAGCCAAAUCCUUGGGAUACUGGGAGGCAAGGGAAGUACCGCUUUGAGCAGUGGUUUCUUCGUAGACACUUUGCAUAGCGUCGAAUACACCUAAAGUCAUCCGUAGAGCAGCGGCCGCAGUCAGGCUCCUCGGUGAUGAACUGACAUGCUAGGCAGGACGUGUGCUGACACUGACCUUGGCAACUCUGAGGGACAUCUGCAUUAUCUCUAGAUUGGACAAAGAUACAAGAGAAAGUGCAAUUAGAAGAUGUUAUUCAAACUGUUAUUGACGAUAUUUAGUUGUCAAAUUGUAACUUAAUGGAAAGUUGAGUUCUGGGAAGAGGUGAAAAAUAUUUUUUGAGCGUUAUCAUUGUUAUUAUGCAAGUGUGGAAGAACAUCAGAUAAAAAAUGUUCCCUGAAAAGCAUGGCUCUUCAAAUGCCUUAAUAUUCUAAAUAUGGCAUGUAACAUCACGAAAAUCGGGACAUAUUUUAUGCUACAUGUUCGUGUAGUCCCAUAUACAUCUUUCUGCGUACAGUGCUUGUAACUUUACCAAGACUGGGCCAAAUUUCUUAUCAUUUUGAUGAUUCCAGAACCUUGCAGUCCAUACCAAUACUUAUAUGCCAGAUGAUCGACCUUUUCUGAUCGAUUCCACAACGUUUCUUUCACAAUGCAAUUGCAUGACCAGAACUCAACUUUAUCUUUAAGAAAUGGAUUGAAGAAGACCAUUUUGUAUUGAAUUCAUAUUUACAGAUAUGCAUCUUAUCUCUCAAUGAUAAGACAAGCAUUGUUGUUCAACGUGUCUCACACAAUUAAUUCCCUUUUUAAAAAGUAUUGUUUGCUUACUGAAUAGUUGUUGCUGGGUUGGAUAAACCUCAGACAAGAUUUUUCCAUCAAUAACUUUGUCUGGAAUGUAAGCAUUUUACAUUAUAUUAAUAAACACAAUAGCUGUUCAUGGAGAGAACGGUGAGUGUGGUAUCUCAAGUCAACUCUAGUUUGGUUGCCAAUACAUUUUACCCUCAAGAGGAAUUUAGGAAGAGAGGGACAAAUAUGUGUGUACUUUACAAUCUUCCAUAAGAGCUCUAUGAUUCAGACAUUCAUGAAAAUAACAGGUUACACAGUAAAAUUGUAGUUUUAAAUAUAUUUUUUGAAAUGUAGUCAUGAUAUUACUAAGAUUAUUCAUAUGUUUUGAAAUAAAGUCCAAGUAAUAUUCUUUGAUGUAAUGAUGCAUAAAGCAACAUUUAAAUGUUGACAAAGAUACAAUGUUUUCUUUCCUCUAUGACCAAGUCACAUAGUCUCUUCCAUUCUGUCAUUCAUUUACACGUAACAUAUUCAGGGAUUGUGUAAAGAUUACACAUCAUAUUUUCUAUUUUCUUUAGCUAAUUAAUUUGAUUAUUUCUACAUAAACAGUACUGAGCAACUCUUAUUUUAUGUAGGCAAAUGGAUGUAGAAUGGAAAGGUGCAUUUUUUGUUCAUUAUUAUGAAACUUUCUUCAGUAUAUCUUUCAUUGAAAGAUUUGAAGAAUUAAAGAGAUACAUAAUAAAUAAAAGCAGAUUGAAAGGGCUCAAGAUGUAUUCUGUCACAUUGUUUUUCAACUAAAUGAUAUUGUGUUCUGCAUUUGGAGAAUUAUAUGGAAAAUGUUUACUAGCCAAAAGUCAUACAACUGGCUACAAUAGCUACAGAAAUUUGUAUAGCAUGGGGACAAAUUGGUAUCAACAAGCUAGUCACUUUGAGUGGCACAUUAGUGAGAGCAAAGUACAUUUUAGUAUGAUUUUCUUUUAAAAACUAAUUUAAGGUGAAAAUAUAGCAACAAUUUUAUUAAACAUCCAAUCUUUUAGUCUCAUGAUUUCCUACCACAAGCACUUCAGACUCGAUUCUUUGGUAGUCAAUUAUGUUGGAGGGAUCAAAGAUACCUACCUAAUAUAUUAGCGUUUAAUGUCACAUUGAACACGUUAAAGCAAAGCCAUAGGGGCUUAUAAAGCGCAGACAAAAAUGUGACGUUCUUUAGGCUUAAUCUGUCAUGUCAGUUACCCCAUAUUGUUAGCUAUUACAAGGAAAUUAAUAUUUCAAUUGUUGUAUAACAUGUAUGUAUGUUUAGAAUAUGACUAGAAGCUUUUGUUAAUACAAAAACUAGAUGCAAUGAAUCCAAACAGUCACACACUUUUCAAACUGUUAACAGUGAGUAAUAUAUCCUUGUCCAGUUUAUUUCAUAUCUGUUACGGCUACAAAGAGUCUGUUUUCUCUUCAACUAUUCAGUGAAUACUGCAAAAUUUGCUAUGUAUGUGACUGAUGGUCAAAUGUGUCUGAAUAACUGACUGAAAUAAGUUUUAGGACUCUUAACUUUGUUUGAAAGGGUCUUCAGUUAAAUAACCAAAAGAAAUGAUCUGAAUGUCAUGUCUGUGACGUUUGAAAUGCCCAUAUUCAAUUUAUGGAUAUACAAUGUAUUUUCUUUGUACUUAAUUGAUUGUAAGCCUAUGAAUUAUUGCUCAUAAUCUCUUAUGAUUGAUACCAGCAUCCAGCAAGUCAUAUGGUACUUUUGACCAAUUUCUGACAAGGUUCUUUUAUGACUUUUUAACUUUGGUUGCCAGCCAGGCAACCAAUCACCCUAAUUAAUUGCUUAGGUUGAUAACUUCAAAUGUCCAUGAUCAUCAUCAGACCUUCAUCCAAUAACAUUUUAUUGAUCAAGAAUAAAUGAUCACUUCAGACUGUAGUUUUUCUUGUAUCGGUAUUGUGUCAAUCCAAUAUUUUCCUGUGUACAAUGUAUUUGCAUAGAACAUGGAUGCCAAUUAGCCUAGUUCAUACAUUUUAUUUUUUCAUAUUUUCAAUUUUUUUUACAUGAAAUUCAUGAGUAUUUUCAAGAAAAUAAAAAA